AUGCGUCGCCUGCUCGCUGCGCCUCGCUGGCAGCGAUUAGCGGCGCUGCCUGCGCUGCCGGUCGCGCAUCGGCCGUGCGCGCCUCUCCGCCGCGCCGCCUCCAGUCUCGCCGACCGCCCCGAGGACGCCGCCGCCGCCGCCGCCGCCGCGAGCGCCGGCAGCUUUGCGGAGCAGCACGGCAUCACGCUGACCGGCGAUCUGGGCGAGGUGGACGCGACGCCGGCCACGUCGUUCGCGGCGCUGCGACGCACCGUCGGCGGCGUCGACCAGCCGCUCCCCACCGCCGUCGCCCACUUCUUGCACAAGCGCGGGUUUGACGCGCCGAGCCCGAUCCAGGCGCAGUCGCUGCCGCUGACGCUGGCGGGGCGCGACGUGGCGCAGCAGAUCCACGAGGAGGCGAGGCCCCUCGCCGCCGCCUUUGGCUGCCGCACCACUUGCGUCUUCGGGGGCAUGCGAAAGUACCUGCAGGAGCGGGAGGCGGAUCGCAUGCUCGAUAUGGGGUUCGAGCCGCAGCUGCGGGAGAUCGUCGACCAUUUGCCCGCAGACGGCGGCCGGCAGACCUUCAUGUUUUCGGCGACGUGGCCUUCGGAGGCGCGCAAGCUGAAGGAGGAGAAGACUCCAGUGCGCAAGCUCGCGAUGGACUUUCUGGACGACCCGGUCCGGAUCAACGUUGGCGGGGAGGACGAGCUUGUCGCCGCUAAGUCGAUUGUGCAGCAGGUGCGGCUCUGCGACGCGCGCGGCGCCAAGCUGAUCGACUCUUCCGACCUGAUCGAGAAGAUGGAGGCGGCGAUGAAGGAGGAGGGCCACGGCAACGCGCGCUCCUCGCGCGCCUGCCACACCAUCGUCUUUGUCAACCGGAAGCGAGACGCGGAGAUGGUGGCCGAGUAUAUCGAGCGCAACGUCGAGGGCGUGCGCGCCGAGUCGCUGCACGGCGAUUUGCUGCAGGGCCGGCGGGACCGGGUACGCGACAACGUCAAGAGCGGUCGCGCGCAGGUGCUCGUCGCCACGGACGUCGCGGCGCGCGGCCUCGACGUGCGCACCAUCCGACAGGUCAUCAACUACGACAUGCCAAACAAUAUGGAGGACUACAUCCACCGCAUCGGCCGCACCGGCCGCGCGGGCGCGAGCGGCGACGCCAUCUCCUUCUUCCACCCGGAUGAGGACGCGGCCGUCGCCGGCAAGCUGGCGAAGGUGCUGCGGGACCAUGGGCAAGAGGUGUCCGAGGAGCUGCACGACCUCGUCAAGGCCAACUCGAGCCGCCGCUUCAGCACCCGCUCGUUCCGCGGCAACGGCGGGCAGCGCAACCGCCGCGGCGGAGGCUACCGCCGCGACGGCGGAGGCAACGGCGGCGCAGCCUACGCCACGCGGGGCCGCAACGGCGGAGGAGGCUACGGCGGCGGCUACGGCGGCGGCGGUGGCAGCUACGGCGGCGGCGGCGGAGGGCGCCAAGGUUCCCGCCGGCGCGACUUUGACCGCUUCGACGACGACGAUGGCUACGGCGACUUCGACCGGCGACAGGACAGCGGGUACGGCAGUGGCGGCGGCGGCGGCAGCCGGCGCGGCGGCGGGUACGGGCGGCGGGGCGGGUCGGGGCCCCGCGGCUCGGGCGGGUCGGGCGGCAUCCACUGCAAGACGUGCGACAUCAAGUGCCCCUCGCAGAACAUCGACUGGGUCGUGCCCGAGGGGGGCGGCGGGCCGGCGUACGCCGGCAUGUGA